GUAUCUUCUCCUUCAUAAACGAAGAACAAAAUGACGGAAGCUCCUCUAGAAUCCGCAGCUUCGCUGGUGCGCGUGGCGCGUGCCUCGGACCGCGUGUACCGUGACGAAUGCGUCUUCUCCUUUGACUCCGCUCUCUCUCCCUCGGGUCUCUACACGAAUCUGCGCUCCUUCCUCUCGUACGGCGCGCCGUAUCUCGUCUAUGAUCGCAUCGAAACGCCGGCCGUUUAUCUGCAUCAGAAGCACACACGCAAGCUUAAGGCUUCAUCCUCUUCAAGCGCCAAAGAAACCCCCACAAAGCUUGCUAUUGGUGGCGCUGGGGGCUUCGCCGCGUCCGCAGAAGACAAAUACGAUGUUGAAAAAACUGUUACCAUUGUUGUACUGGGUCCUGGCCAGCAGGAACUCGCCCGGGAAGCUCUAGACUCUCCCAGUCUCCCCUCAAAGCUGAAAGAAGCAGCUGAAGCUGUACUCAACCACGCAGGGAACACCGUCACUGAAGAAGUGGCGUCUUGGCAGGAAGAACUCAAGCCUACCAAGUACGCCGAGCACCUGGUUCAAGUCCCGAACCCGCCGCACAUUGCGUCAAACCCUUCGGCCUGGAAAUGCCAAGCUCCAAACUGUGAUAAGCAGGAGAAUCUGUGGCUAAACUUGUCAGAUGGCUACAUUGGUUGCGGUCGUCAGAACUGGGAUGGAUCUGGAGGCUGUGGAGCAGCGUUGACCCAUUACAGUGAGACGGGAGGAAUUUACCCAUUGUCGGUGAAAUUGGGCACAAUUACAGCCGAAGGAGGAGACGUGUACAGCUACGCACCGGACGAAGAUGAUAUGGUUAAGAAUCCAUUGUUACCGAAACAUUUGGAGCACUUUGGUAUCAAUGUCAACAACUUGAAAAAGACCGACAAGUCCAUGAACGAGCUGCAAGUGGGACUAAAUUUGUCCUACGAGUUUGAUGCAGUUACUGAGGCAGGCAAGAAAUUGGUACCGGUUUCUGGAGCUGGAUAUAUGGGGUUCAAGAAUCUGGGCAAUAGCUGCUACAUGAACUCGGUGCUGCAGCUGUUAUUGGCGCUACCUGAAGUGCAGGAACGGUAUUUUAAGAUGUCAGAGAAGAUUUUCUCCACUGCAGAUAAUUUACCGGUGGACGACUUCGCUGCUCAGUUUGCUAAACUGGCGUGUGCGACGUUGACGGAUCGAUACAAGAAGCAGUUCUUAUCGCCGAAGGACGAUGGUAAAGAGGUUGAAGAGGAUGAAUUCCAUAAUGUGGACUUGCGACCGAUCACCUUCCGUGGUCUUGUUGGAAAAGGUCAUCCCGAUUUCUCUACUGGACAGCAGCAAGAUGCAGUGGAAUAUCUCCAGUAUCUGCUGGAUUUCAUGACUCGUGCUGAGCGUGUUGGUGCGAGUCGCAUGGGACCUCUUCUUCCUGGAGACAGUGCGACGAGUGCAGAUCUGCCGACUGCGAAUUUGUUCAAGUUCAAGCUGGAAGACCGUGUGCAGUGCAUGGCUUCCAACAAGGUGAAGUAUGUAUCGCGAGACGACAUGCUUCUUCAAUUGCAGAUUCCUCUCGAAGCAGCGACCAAUGCCACUCAAGUUAGCGCUUACCAGGUCCUUGAACAAAAACGUCAGCGUCUUGGUGACAGCGAGAAGGCUGACAAAACUGAAGAAGAACGUGUCGUGCCUAAUGUUCCCUUUGAAGCGUGUAUUGAAAAGACGCUGGCACCUGAAGUCAUUGAGGACUUCUUGUCACCAGCUACCGGGAAAAAGGGUCAAGCGCAGAAGACCGUUCGUUUCCGCUCCUUCCCGCGUUAUUUGCUCGUGCAGAUGAGACGCUUUUACGUGGCUGAAGACUGGACUCCUAAGAAACUGGAGGUUGAAGUGAAGGUGCCAGAAAAAUUCUCUCUGAGCCGGUUCGUGUCCAAGGGUCUUGUUGAUGGCGAAGAGGAACUACCCGAAGCGUCUACUGCUGGUGGAACGACUGAAAGCAGUGCUAGUGCUACGACAGACGCCGACGAAGCCCUUGUGGCUCAGUUAGUGUCGAUGGGUUUCUCCGAGAAUGGAUGCAAACGUGCAGCCAUCGCGACUGGCAACUCGAAUGCUGAAGCAGCGAUGGAGUGGAUCUUUAGCCACAUGGAGGACCCGGACUUUAACGACCCUCCUGCUCCGGCUGGGGCUGCUACCAACGCCGAAGACUCUGUCAACAUGGAGCACGUGUCUAAUCUGAUGGCUAUGGGCUUCGCCGAGCCUCAUGCCAAGUGUGCACUCAAGCAGACAGACAACAACCCCGACCGCGCUGCUGAGUGGUUGUUUAGUCACAUGGACGAUCUGGACGGCGCUGUGACUCAAUGUGAGAGCGAAUCAGCGGUGCCAAGUGGUGAUUUAGGGUCCUCUGUGAAGCGGUUGGAUAGCGAGAACACUGGAGACUACUCGCUUGUGGGUUUUGUUAGCCACGUGGGCAAGAACACCAACUCGGGACACUACGUGUGCCACAUGAAGAAGGAUGGUCGCUGGAUUAUCUUUAAUGAUGACAAGGUGGCCGUGUCGGAGGAACCACCUCUUGGCGCCGGAUACCUGUACCUGUUCCGACGCACUGAUGCCUAGAUGCAGAGUCCAGAGAAGUGAGGCAUCGUUAACAAGUCAAACAACGACCCUUUCCGAUCGUAUUGCUUUGUUUGGGUUUGGUUGCCAUUAUUGGGGUAACCGAGCGAUUUGAUCGGGCUUUAACCUGGCCAAAACUGACGAGGGUGGAGGAAUAUAAUCGACUUCAGUUAGAGUUGCCAAAUAUUCCUCACUGUUUCGAAUAAAAAUAUUCUUCAGCAAAGCACUGAAAAACCAAACAAGUAGUGUGGAAUGUGAUAAACCCUAUACUAUCGAUAUUGGGCCAAAUACAGGCGACAUUAACGGCGCUGUAAGAAUAUGUUCACGGUAUAUGUACAUGUACCUAACUUGCUUGUCCAAGCUAUCACCAAUUUGAAGAUUUAGGAUAGGGACAAUGUUAAAGUGUUUUAUGACUAUAAAUGAUGAAAAGGGAAAGCCAACAAAUACUUCGUAACUUAC